AGACCCGCUAAAAGAAGAAGAGUGAUUCUCUCAUCUGACGAUGAAGAGGACAACGAAGACGAAAACCUUUUAACUAUACGGACACCAUCUCCAGCUCAGGACAAGAUCCUGACGUCCACACCUAUGGCUGCUGAAUUAUCAACUCCAAAGAGUGUUCGUCCAUUACGACCUCUUAAAGAAUGUUCAACUCCAUUGUCAACGGCUCAAGCCGAGUCCUUCAUUGACUCAUUCCGCGUCUGUGAAGACGAUUUGAAUGUUUCGGCAGCCUCAGUUGACACCUUGGACCGUACGAUAUAUCGGGUUGAAUCAAGCAGCCAUAAGUCAACUAAAGAAGAUGAGUUAGCUAUGGUGGAAGAAGCAAAAUUCCCUCAUGAAACUUUCUCCUUCUUGAAGCCCGAGAACAUCCGAGAUGCGCAGGGUCGCCGUCCAGGCGAAGAUGAUUAUGAUCCUACCACCUUGUAUGUACCUGCAGACUUCUUGAAAGAUCAGUCGCCUGGUAUAUUCUUUCUUCGAUUUUUUUUCUGUUGCAAUCUAUACGUUUGCCUAAUGCUCGUUGUUUUCGGUCACAAACAGUGGUGGACAAUCAAGAGCAAGAAUUUUGACACGGUCUUAUUGUUCAAAGUUGGGAAGUUCUAUGAGACAUACCAUAUGGAUGCCAUCAUUGCUGUGGAAUGUCUUGGGCUCACGUUUAUGAGGGGUGGCCAUGCUCAUGCUGGAUUCCCGGAAGCAGCUUACGGCAAGUUUGCUGACCAACUAGUUUCGCGCGGUUACAAAGUUGCACGCAUAGAGCAGACUGAAACGCCACAACAGUUGGAAGAGCGAAAUCGCGCUAUAAGAGGUGGGAAGGAGAAAGUGGUGCGAAGGUCUUUACAUGCUUUACGAUGGGGCAUGAAAGUCGAGUAA